CACUUACACAGGAGUCUUCUAUUAAUAUAGAAACUUAAAUUUCAAGACGUGUCCAUAUUUAUUAAUGUACUUACACAAAUUACAAUCAUGGAGCUCGUAUAUAAAUAUAUCCGUAUCUUUUUAACAGAAUUGUGAAUCCUUCAUCUUCCAAGCCUCAAACAAAAAUUGUACAUUGUAUAGUGUUUUCUUGACGUCGCCUGAUGACGUAAUUGAUGGAAUAUAUUACGUCAGAUCAACUGCCGUGGAACAUGUUGAUGUGGUAGAGACAACAUGCAGAAGUGGAAGUUUAUCAAGUUCAAUGACAAAUGUUGCUCUCAAUAAACCAGUGACCAUGAGCUCUAUGCAUCAAUAUCCUCCAACUCCCACGCCAGAAAUGUUGACGGAUGGAAAUCGUAGUGACGUAUAUCCAUGCCCUCACUCAGAACUUGAAACAAAUCCUGAAGCGAUUAUUGAUCUAGAACAAACAUAUGGCAUCACUGGAAUCUACAUUGUAAACCGGGUAGACUGUUGUCCACAGAGAUUACAUGACCUUAUUAUCCAGAUAGGGGACACCUUGGCCGACCUUAAAACAGUUUUCAACCAUACGAGCCCCAUUGGUGAUACUUGCACGAUCUUAUUCGGUGCCCCACAGCAUGGACGCUACGUCAAGUUGUACAUAGAGGGAACCGAAUAUCUGACGAUAUGUGAAGUAGAAGUCUACAGUGACCUGUAAACAGCUCAACAAAAAAACUAAUUUUCCAGAUAUUUGAAUAUCUGAUAGACAUUGUAAAAAUCCCUCGAUUACUUGGGCAACAAGUUGAUUAUUUUUCAUGGUUUAUUGUCUUAUAUAUAGAUUGAUGCUAAUGUGUUU